UUCAGCUCAGCAGAGGCUGAGAUCCAUCGCUCCGACGACAGGAAAGGAACAAGGACUUGGGUGAAUCCAGUGACAGACGUGGCCAUGGCCCUGAGGAGACCUGGCCCCUUGCUCUUCCUGACCCUCAUCCUGCUGGCCGCUGGACUCGCACAGCUCAUCAGACCACCCGACAGCUACCGAAAGUUUGUGAGCGAACACGUUGAUUUCCCCAAGACCAGACCCCCCAGUGGCCAGAGCUACUGCGACCACAUGAUGAGGCGCCUGAGCCAGAAGAUCCAUAUGUGCAAACUCACCCACACCUACAUCCAUGCCCCCGCCAGCCAGCUCCGGGCCAUCUGCACCACUGGAGGGAGAUGCAACCAAUACAACGAAUGCGACAGCAACGCAGCCUACCCCCUCACCACCUGCCAGGUGCGCAGCCCCCCCCGCCCACCGAGCUGUGUCUACAGGGGAAUACCCCAGACCCGCAGGAUCCGUGUGGCCUGUAACCGGGGGCUGCCUGUGCGCUUCAUCAGAGUCCUGUAGAGCCCAGGUGCUGGUCAUGGGCUCGGAGCAGGGGGUCCCGUGCUCUCCCCAUUCGCUCCAGUGCAGACCCCUGUCACUGGGGGCUCUCCUGCCCCGUCCCUGCCUCCUGGGCAGUGCUCGCCACAGGGAUAUUUAGCAUCUCCCCUUAUCCCACAGGCCGGCAGCUUGGGGCCUGCGGAGGAACUUCCCACACUAGGUGCCCAGUUCCCAGACACAUGAGUGAAAAUCUGGGUGCCCACCCUCUCUCCCCUGGCUGGCACUGAGACCCUCAUUCUGAGCCCAGUGUCUGCCUCGCUGAGCAGGAUCCAAACACAACUGCCCUGAACUUGAGCUGGGCUGCCCUGAACCCAACAGGGGAGGGGGCCAAGCAGCUCUGAAACCUCAGAUUGAUUUGGUUCGGGUGCCCUAUUUUAGUCUCCCAGGAUAGAUCAAUAUCCCAGUAAACCCCUUGAUGGCUGCCCCUUCGCCAUCCCCCACUCCCUGCUGCCCCUAGUGCCCAUUAUACUGUACAGCCCUUCCCCAUCCCUGAUCCACUGGAUGCUGUGUGGAUGUUGUCUCAGGUUGAGCCCUGGGGAAGCUGUCACCGAGUUCAAUUUUUUCACUGCUUUUUGCAAUAAAAUAUU